UAUGUCACCCCAGGCUCUGCAUGCAACACAUGUCCCAAGAACUGGCUCAAUUUUCAACAGAAGUGUUACUACUUUGGCAAAGGUUCCAAGCAGUGGAUCCAAGCCAAAUUCACCUGCAGUAACCUGAAAGGGCAGCUUGUCAGCAUCCACAGCCAGGAGGAGCAGGACUUUCUGACCAAACACAUCAAGGAGGACUCCUGGAUCGGCCUUCGGGAUCUCUUUACUGAGGGAGAAUUUGUAUGGAUGGAUGACAGCCCGGUGGGCUAUAGCAACUGGAAUCCUGGAGAGCCCAACAACGGGGGCCAGGGCGAGGACUGUGUGAUGAUGUGGGGAUCUGGCCAAUGGAACGAUGCCUUCUGCCGCAGCUACCUGGAAUCCUGGGUGUGCGAGCAACUGGCCACAUGUGAACCAUCUGCCCCCUUGGCCUCCAUGAGCCCACUGAGUUCAGCAGAACCUGCUUCCUGACAGUCUUCUGCGUGCCCUCUUCUGGAUCCCUCCCAGCACCUUGAUCACAGGAAGAGCUGGGCCCUGAGAAUCCCCAGUCAAGUGCUGCCCGCUCCUGCCACCUCCCCAGAGGGCAUCCCUUGUUCCUCACCUGAACUGGCCAUCCCCACUGCCCUCUACCUUCCCCAAACCAGAGCCCCAGCCAGGAGACAGGCUUCUUGCCUACUGGGAUGCAGGCUGGCAGCAGAGCACCCAGGGAGCUGCAGAGAACACGGGUCUCUCACAGGGGACCCCCACAGACUUCUACAGCCCCCACCUCCUGUCAGGAGUUUCCUCAGCCUCCUCCCAUCCUCAAUACCACAAAACAGACUC